AUGAAUGCUGCGGUAAACGAUGAACGGCAUCGUGAGGAGAAAAUAAGGCAAAGUAUUAUGGGAUCACAGAGCCCUACAACACGAACAAACUAUAGAAUAUCGCGGUUUAAGUCUGCCCAUACAUUGUAUAUUUUGCUAUUCAGUUCAUUUGCGAUUCUGCAGUUCAUUUCGAUCGCUUUUUUCGCCAAAGGGUUUCUAUUGCGUAGGACAGUGUUGGAUAAUGUAGCAGAAAUUGAUCCAACGAUGUCAUAUGGACCAAAAUAUGAUAAAAUGGUUGUGUUAUUAGUAGAUGCAUUAAGGUUUGAUUUCGUUAUUCCUGUUGAUGAGACUGAUCCGAAGUAUAAUCCUAAUUACCAUAACAACCUACAAGUGCUUUACGAGAUGUCAUCAAAGUCGGACGAUGCCUUAUUGUUGAAGUUUAUGGCAGAUCCACCAACUACAACGUUACAGAGGCUAAAAGGACUAACUACUGGUUCGCUACCCACUUUUAUUGAUGCGGGCUCAAAUUUCAAUGGUGAUGUCAUCGACGAAGAUAAUUGGAUAAAACAGUUAUAUCUUCACAACAAGAAGAUAUUUUUUGCCGGAGAUGAUACUUGGGAUGCUUUAUUUCGACCAUUCCUUGCGAACGAGAGUGUCCCAUACGAGUCAUUGAAUGUGUGGGAUUUGGAUACCGUUGAUAACGGUGUUAUUUCUUUUUUUGACGAAUAUUAUUUCAACAAACAACAACGUUCAAAAUACGACGUGUUAGUCGGUCAUAUGUUAGGUGUUGACCAUGUUGGACACAAAUAUGGCCCAAACCACUUCACUAUGAAGGAGAAGCAAUUGCAAGUUGACAGGUUUAUCAGGAAGAUCUUGGAAACCGCUGAUGAUAAUACUUUGUAUGUGGUAAUGGGUGACCACGGUAUGGACCAUACAGGGAACCACGGUGGUGAUUCACAAGAAGAACUUGAAAGUACCUUUUGGUUAUAUGCUAAAAAUGCUCAUUGGAACAAAAACGGCAACUAUGAUACCAGUUCUUUUGGUGCUUCCUUUAAACAAAUGAACCAAAUAGAUUUAGUACCCACUGUUUCCUUGUUACUUGGACUUCCAAUUCCAUUCAAUAGUUUGGGAUGGCCAAUCUCUGAAAUUGCAAAAGACCCUGAAGAGUUGAAGCUAUACCAUGAUAUUUGUCAUAAACAAUUAAAAAACUACCUAGAAGUAAGCAAUAUUAUGGGAUCAUCUGCAAAACGGAAUAAAUUAUUAAGUAUAGAAGAUCCAUCAGAGUUUCAAUCAAUAUUCUUAGAAACAUGCAAGGACUUGUGGGCAAGAUUUGAUUUUGCUAGCAUACUUGUCGGUAUUGGAAUUAUGGCUUUUUCGUUGAUAUUACUAGUAAUGAUCAUAAAAUUAAUUCCUUCGAUUGUGGUGGGCCAAAUGGUAGGGGAUUUCGUUGGUUGUAUAGUAGUCAUUUCAGUCAUUUCGAAUGUAAGUUUCCAAGCUGUUUACCAGGUAUUGCAUCAGCCACAAUUUUUGGGGAACUCUCUUUGGUGUUCAGCGUUUGCAACGGCUGUAGGUAUCAUACUUGGUGUUCUUAUUCCGGUAUUUGACAGGUACAGUGUACAAUGGCUAUUUCUACGUUCCAUUGAAGAAUUAUCAGAUUUUUGGUCCAGAAUUGCCACGCUUUUCAUGGUAUUACACGCAUUACUCUUUACUUCAAAUUCAUUCACAAUUUGGGAAGAUAGAAUUGUAGCCUUCCUUUUAACGUCCUUCGGAAUGUUGGCAUUGUAUGAGUUCACGUUUUUACCACAAAGACAUUCUACCGCAGCGCUACUUUCAGGAGCCGCAGAAAAACAAGGUACGUUAGCUGGUAAAUCUGUUGGAGAGUCUAAUUCAGACUCUUUACCUCUAGGAAGAUUUGCCAGAAUUCUGGGAGGAUACCAUGCUAUUGUCUUAGUCAUCUGUACAAGAAUUGCAUCCAUAAUUACUAUUUGUCGUGAAGAACAAGGUGAACAAUGCACACCAACAUUCACAAUAUCAAACAACUAUUCCUAUUACACUAUGUUUGGAUGUUUACUUUUGAUUCCUGCAGUCCCAGCAUGUAUCAAGGGAUAUUAUAAUGUUUGUUCUUCUUACCAAGCAGCAGCUCCAAUAUGGAUAGGACUCAUUCUAAAAGGAUCUUUGAUUGCAACAUUCAUCUAUUGGUCGUUAAUUGCAGCCGAAAAUAGGCUACAAGAUUUAGAUUGGGACGUUACUAUUUGGAAGUUUACAAUCUCACGCAUAAUCGUCGGAAUAUCACUAAUUGGCUGUAACAUUGGCUGGAUGAAAGGCCCUCUUUGCGUUAAGCUAAAUAUUCACAAUACGGAUAUGAAAUCCCAACAAGCGACCAUCUUAGGUUACUCCAACGUCUACGGUUCUCAAUUUUUCCUAUUAGUGAUAAACUUUUUGAUGGCCAUAAUGCUCUUCAAUAAACCUUUGGGUCAACUCUCGAUCUUUUUGAUGUGCAAUCAAUUACUAUCUAUCAUAGAAAUAUGUGAUUUACUCAAACUGAAAGAAAACCUAAUCGGUCCUAUAACUUUAGGGCUCUUGGCUUACCAACAAUUUUUCAGUACCGGUCACCAAGCCACAAUCCCUUCGGUUCAAUGGGACAUGGGGUUCAUCUUGACUGAAAAGAUUACAUUUCCUUGGACUCAUCUAGGGAUUGUAAUAAACACAUUUGGUCCAUUCAUAUUAGUAUCUCUAUCGGUAGCACUGUUAACGCUUUGGAAACAACCACCUAGUGUUUUACAGCCACAAACUAUUCUAUCUAGGAUUGUGUCGAAUUGUGGAACUCUGCUAAUCUAUAACAGUGCUUUAUGUUUGAGUAGUUUCAUAUGGGUGACACAUUUCAGAAGACAUCUAAUGGUGUGGAAGAUUUUUUGUCCAAGAUUCCUUUUUGCAUCUCUAUGCUUGAUAGUAUGUCAAUUGAUUGUAACGUUUGUGACAAUUGGUUUUGCAAGCUCAAGAUUGAUUAGGCAGAUUAGCCAGCUCUUCUCAAAGUGA